AUGGCGUUGACUCCGGCCGCGGCGAAACCAGGACCCGGAGACCCGACCUUCUCCGCGGUCCGCUACCUCCCGACGAGCGAGGCGUAUGAUCGCUGGGCGGCGGUGUACGACACGGACGGCAACUUCCUGCAGAGGAUUGACGACGGGGAGAUGCAGGAGGAUGGGAAUGAUGAUGGCUCAGACGGGGAGAAGAAAGAGGAACGCAGAGGGUUGAGAGUCGUCGAUCUUGGAUGUGGGACGGGGCGAAACACGGCGCUCCUGCUGGCCUCUGGACCUCCUGGUAGUAGAAAGACCAGUGAGGCUCGAAGGGGCAAUGUCGUCGUCACGGAUAUUGUCGCGCUCGACGCGAGUCCCGGGAUGCUCGAGGUCGCAAAGGCGCGGCUGCUUGGGGCAGUUCGCGGCCAAGGGGCAACAGAAGCGCAGGUGCCUGGAGGAAAGACCAACGACAACUACAUUGACAACACGGACGACUCCCAGGAGAAGAAGGGGCCAGACGGCAUAAUCUCGACGCUUGUGAUCGAGCACAUCCCCCUGUCGACCUACUUCUCCUGCGCGUCCCGCCUGCUCCGGCCGGGCGGCGUGCUCCUCUUGACAAACAUGCACAGUCACAUGGGCGGGAUCAGCCAGGCCGGUUUCGUCGACACCGCGACCGGAGAGAAGAUCCGCCCCACGAGCUAUGCGCAUACCGUCGAGGACGUGGUCAAGGAGGCGGCCAAGUGGGGGCUCGAGGUCAUUGUUGACGGGGACGGGGACGGGGAUCGCCGGGAAGGCGGACCGGGAGCGGGAAGAGUUACUACUACUACGCCAGGGAUCACAGAGAUAGCUGUGGACGAGACCAUGGUUGAGAGGCUUGGGCUGCGCAGCAGGAAAUGGGUGGGCGUCACUUGUUGGUUCGGAGGGCUGUUUCGAAAAGUCUCGUAG